AUGAUCGCCGUGCAUAUAUAAUCACGUCACGGAUUUCGCCGUAGCCAUUUUUUACUCUUGAUAAAGACAGAAGGACCAGUGCAGGCUUUUCUUUUUGAUCGUCUAUUCUGUUGUUUUCUCUUUCGAAAAAAGACACAAAUAUAAUCAUCAGUAUGUCUGGGACAGGUGAGACCCCUGCGUAUGCUCCAUUCUUCGGCGUUAUGGGUGCUACUGCCGCCAUGGUUUUCAGUGCUUUUGGAGCAGCCUAUGGAACGGCAAAGAGUGGCACAGGUAUUGCAGCUAUGAGUAUCAUGAGACCAGAGCUCAUCAUCAAGUCCGUCAUUCCCGUGGUCAUGGCUGGUAUCAUUGCUAUCUACGGUCUGGUGGUGGCUGUCGUCAUUGCAAAUUCAUUAACCCCCAGCAGUUACACCCUAUACCGGAGCUUCCUCCACCUAGGGGCGGGACUGAGCGUGGGUCUGUGCGGUCUAGCAGCAGGCUUUGCCAUCGGUAUCGUCGGCGACGCUGGAGUAAGAGGAACAGCACAACAGCCUCGGCUUUUCGUCGGCAUGAUCUUAAUCCUCAUUUUCGCGGAAGUCCUGGGCUUGUACGGACUAAUCGUCGCGUUGCUCCUCUCCACCAAGUGAGCAGGAAAAUGUUGGGUAUGCAGUACCAGAUACAUGUUGCUUUGGCAGUGCUACCCCCCAAAAAAGAAGGAAAUUGCAAAUAUUUUAGGAAAGUUCAAAAACCCAUUGUCUGAUAUACCAUCUGUAGUAUGAUGCAUUAAUUUUAUCCGGUUCCAACAAGAUAUCCAUAAUGAUUUCAAAUCGCCAAAAUAUCAUAAAAAAGCAAUUAAAAAUCCUGUGACAUCCGCAUUAAUUGUCGGAGAGGUGGUUUCCUGUGAAAUAUAUAUUUUAAUGCGGAUGUCGCAGGGAGGAUUGGUCUAGUAUUAUUAGAGUUAAAAACCUUCCUAUCUGUACAGUCAUUUCAUUUUUGUUAACUGAAUAAUAUAAUGUCAAUUUUUUUUUUUAUGAACUUAUAACUCGGCCGUAAGAAAAUGUUGAUGAUUGCAUUUUUCAGAGUAAAUGCAAAAUCUGUUAAUUGAUAAAAUCCUAUGUACUGUAAAGUGAUGGGGUGAAUGCUUUGAAGAAAUAUUAUUCAUUACAAAAAUUGUUAAAAAGUGUCAGCUUUGACAGAUAUCACCUUAAAUACUGGUGCACUGAAGAAACAGUUUAAUGAUACCAAGUCGCAGCAUGAAAAUCACAUUUAAAACAGUACUUUUUGCUAAAUUCUUAAUAGACUCUUUUUGCAAUGUUCAAAUCUUCACUUCAAAGUCUUGCAAUAAAAUGACUCCGAUAACAACAUAUAAAAUGGUUGGUUCAAUCCUGCAAAGUUCCAAACAAUCAUAAGUAGUGAAUUUUACACACACACAGAAGAAGUUUAAUUUCGAUCAGAUUGUAGAGAGUGAAUAUUUAGACCAGUGGAUUUACAUGUACAUUCUUUGUUUUCGUUUCAUUUUGUGAGGGAUCGUCAUUUAAAACAGGCAGGCGAAUUGAGUGUGUUCCAAUUGUGUAUAGAAAUGUAAAAUUGUCCAUAAUGUAGCUUGUACAUUGCAGCCGAAGAUAUGGCGUUGUGCGCCAUUUUAAUUUUGAAAUUAAAAACAGGCCACCAUUAGUGAUCAUUUUAUUGUUUGCAAAUUAUCGGAGCUGCCAUUGUGUUGAUCCUCAUUUAAUAUUGCUCUUGUGUUUUUAAAGCAAAUCUAAACAAAGACAUGUUCAAAAUGAUAAUGUAAUUUGCAUGUAAGCAGUUUCACAAGCCUGUGUAGAAUAUGAGAUAGGGCAUAAAAAGAAAACUAAGUAUGCUUUUUUUUUUACAUUCUGCAAUCUGCAAAGUCCAAUAUUUGAUGUAUUUUUGAGUAAUAUCAUUUAAGAUUCCUUUAGUUUACACAAACAUGAAAGGCCCCGAAUCACAUAAUUAUUCCUUCCCCAUUCAUUGUCCUUGUGCAUGUAACUAUUUUUCGUUAUAGAUUUGAGCAUUAUUGCAUUGAUUUGUUCCCUGGCAUCACAUUGUCAAAUGAUAGGGCAAGGGUACUGCACAGUGUUACCACACAAUCAUGCGCAUAAUUUCUUGCCAUUCCCAAUGCAAGUAUGGAGCGCCUGUUCAACAAAUCAAACAAAAAACAUAUAAAACAUUAAAAAGCCCCCAAACCCCUAGAAAAUGUUUGUGUUAGUGUGAAAAGUGUAAUGUGUAUACUUAACAAUCAUAUUGCAUAUGUGCUUAUGAAGAUUUUAUAUAUACUCAUUGUAGAAGUUUAUGAUUAUGCAAGUACUGUGUACACACAUGCAUGCCUAGCAUGUUAAAAUGUGAUUGUAACCAGUAUUUGAAGGCUAUGUUCUUUCUGUGCGACUAACAACAUUCCUUCUCGACUCUAUAUCAAAAUGGUGUACAUGUAGGUGUAAUAAUUGUCACAAAAUGAUCGAGUUGUGUUAAGAAUCCUUUUGUUUUAGAUAAAAAAUGUCAUGUAUACAGUGGAAGACUAUUAGAAACUGUGUAACCUUAGAAAUGAGUCAUAGUUUUUGUCAUUCGGAACCCAGAACCCGUUGAUUCAAUAUUAUAGACACACAUUUAUUGAUCACUACCUAAUCGGACAUAACCCUGUUUAUGCAUGUAUCACAUCCUGUGGUUGUGUUUUUACUACUGUGCGAAAGCCAGAUAUAUGUCAUUUCCACUCCCAUGGACAGUAUGCACGUACGCACUGCUAGACCCGAGCGUGAACCUUGAACCCCAACACAGAUCACAUGUUUCCCGCGUUAUCUGGGCUCCGAUCUUUGCCCUGGUCAUGUGCAUCGCUCGGGGUAGCGCACAAAACAAAACCAAACACUGGCAAAUAUUUAUUCAACAAGCAUUUAUCCAUAAAAUGUACAUGUUUGGCAGUGUCUUGCUUGUUCACGAACAACACUCAGUGCAUUUUGUUCUACAUGCUUCUGAAAGUGACAUGUAAAAGUCAUACAUGGGCAGUAGUGAAAUAUAUUGGUUAAUUUAAUUAAUAACAAAAUGUUGUUUUGCGUUCUGUGAAAAGUGUUGCAUCCAUAGAGCUGUAUAAUAUUAUGGUUGCGUUAUAGCCCCCGUCCCGACUACUGUUAGGAUGACCCAACUACAGUUGAGACGGCCCAAACUAUAAGUCGGCAUCGUCUGAACUGUAAUUGGGAGUGCCCAAACUGUAAUUGGGACGAUGAUAAAAUUGGGGUUGAACAAAAAGCAUGCGGUGACUCAAAGUGCAUACGGCUUACUUUCAAUUAUGCGUUGGAGCCAUCUUGGAGGACAUUUGUGUUGUUUUAAUUCAGUUAUGCAUAUACAAAAGGUCAAAACAAAGGCAUUGUCCUCUAUGAUGGCUGCUUCGCGUAAGGUCUGUCAUUCUGUAACUUGGGCCACUGGGUUAGGUGAAAUCACUGAUUCUAGGAUCAGAGUUGAAAGGUCACUUUGUUAGGCAGACGCAAAAGAAAUCCCAAACGUAGAAUUCUGAAUAGUCCGAGAAUGCUCCUUUUGUUUUGUGUAAUGGUGGUUUAUAAAUGUUAAUAUAACUUCUGCAUUUAGUAAGAUAGUUCAGUAUAUUUACAGCUUCCAAAAUAUAGUAUCCAUGGGUAUGGUGUAUUUGUAUGGCUAAUCUGUGAAAGACUAAAUACUGAUGUAAAUGUACUGUUGAUAAAUGAGUCUAUUUCCUGCAGACAGUAUAUAUCAGGAAGUUACAAUAAAGUAUUGUGAUUAGUUCAU